GAGAAAAGUUUGAAGGUCAGGGGAGGUAGGCCUCUCUCUCUCUCUCUCUCUUCUUCCUUUUGUUUUUGUCAAAAUCUUGAAAAGGAAAAUGGAUUCGAGUGAGAAGCAAGAAAAACACGCAACGCUCACCACCUGCAAUUCCCUUUUCUCCCCACUACCCAAUUGUCCCAGCAAAUAGGAUUCUUCUGUGUAAAGGGUUGAUGAUGCCUUGGACGCAAGAGAGAGGAAAAUUUCUUGAAAAAUCACCUUAGGAAGAGGAAAAAGCAAAAGGGAUAAUCACAAGCCGGUGAUCGCAGGGCUGCUGAACAGUUGAAAGGUUGUUUCUUUUCUGAAUCUUGGUGGACAAAAAUUACGUUGAAGGUGGACCUUGGAAGGUUUAUAUAUCUGGUGUCUCAAUGAAAACGCCCAAUUCAACUGAGGAGUUUGAGAAAAAGCAUGAUAACAGCGGGGGUCAAGUACGGGAAGAUAGUGAGUAUGUAAGAUUGGUUAUAUCAAAUGAACCAGGGGUAGCUGAAACAGAUUCAGAAUCUCAAUGGCAAUCAAGAAAAAGGUCUCUGAUACGGUGGAUCAAGGCCUUAUUAUGGUUUGUAAUCACCGUAAUAGCGGUUCUUAUAUUCAUUAAGUGGGGAGUGCCCUUUCUUGCAGAGAAGGUUCUUUUUCCACUCUUGCAAUGGGAAGCCACUGCAUUUGGUCGUCCAGUGCUUGCACUUGUACUUAUAGGUUCUCUGGCUUUGUUCCCUGUGGUUCUAAUUCCUUCUGGUCCUUCCAUGUGGUUGGCUGGGAUGAUUUUUGGAUAUGGCUUGGGGUUUGUCAUAAUCAUGGUUGGAACAACCAUUGGAAUGGUCCUGCCAUACUUGAUCGGUUUAACCUUUCGUGACAGAAUUCAUCAAUGGUUGAAGAAAUGGCCUCAAAAGGCAGCUAUGCUAAGGUUGGCUGGAGAAGGAAGUUGGUUCCAUCAAUUUAAAGUGGUUGCACUUUUUAGGAUUUCGCCAUUCCCAUACACAAUCUUCAAUUACGCUAUUGUAGUGACAAAUAUGAGAUUCUGGCCCUAUUUAUGUGGAUCAGUUGCAGGGAUGAUACCAGAAUCCUUCAUUUACAUCUACAGUGGUCGGCUAAUAAGGACAUUAGCAGACGUCAAAUAUAGGAACCACCAACUAACUCCAGUGGAGAUCAUUUACAAUACCAUUUCCUUCAUUGUUGCAAUCAUCACUACAAUUGCUUUCACCAUCUAUGCUAGGAGAACAUUGAAUGAUCUUGAAGUGGCAGAGGCCAACGGGGAAGUCCCUACCGUCCAUCGUAGCAGCAGUUUUGAGCUGCGCAAGCUUCCACUCGAAAAAUUCAAAGCUGGUUUUACAAUGCCUUAAGUGUAUAGCUUUGGCUUAGUUGAAGUCUCUUAUUAUAAGUGAAAAGGAUUCAAAUAUGGAUGGGAAUUCUGAUUUAUUGUUGUCCAUCCCGGGGUGACUAGAUAACGUAUGGACUAUCUAUUCCCACAAAAUCUGAUGUCUGAAUACGGAUUUGUCUAUCUUUAAGCAGGUGAGUUCAAACUGAAUCCCACGCUGUCCACCUGGGAUCCCAGAACCUUGAGACCUAGAGAUGGGUGUUCCGUAAAUGACUGGAGAGUGAAAGAAAACAGUAGGAACCUAAUUUUUGUUGACACAUGAGAAAAAACGAAAGUAAUGUUCAUAUAAAGUAAAUACUUUGAGAUUCUUGUAUAUUUCAUUUUAUUAUGUCUUUUAUUCCAUGAUAUUUUAUCAUGUAUGAAAAUCGUUGGUAUAUAAUUGAAUAGGAAGAAACACAGGAGGAAA